CCCAACUAUGGGUGGCAGCAACACGCCUAGUAGCGCCUAGUCUGCCGGAAAUUAUUAACGAAGAAGAAGAAGUUUACACGCUCGCACACAAACAUGGCAGCCAACAUAGAGCAGAUUUUCCAAGAUUUCAUUUUGAACAAAAUUAGGGAAAUUGAGGACCAACAUGAAGAUACUAGCUGUGUUGAACCAUCAUGUUCUGGCAGUGACAACAUCAGAGUGCUGAAGGCCGUUUCAGAGAGAGAGAAACAGGAGGAAGUCGGCGGCAGCAGCUCACAAAAGAAACACAAGAAGCACAAAAAACACAAAAGCAAGAAGAAGAAGAGGAAGCGAGGGAAGGAGGAGAAGGAGAGCAGCUCAGAGUCUGGGCCGGAGUCAGAGGGAGGCACCCAGCAUCAGCCCAGGUUUGAUCUUUUUCAUAGAAGAGGAACACCAACAGAGGAGAAUAAGGAGCAAGGUGAUGAUGGCGAGGGGAAGUCCAGGCGCCACAAGCGACACAUGGGCGGCAAGAGGAAGAAGAAGAAGAGGAGGAAAGAUGGAGAUAAGAGCUCGUCAGACUCAGACUUUGAGCUGGAGUCAAAGCAGAAGAACAGUAAAGGUGUUUACAGCUCAUCAAGGCAACGAGAGGACCUGCCUGACAUCAUCCCAAAACAGGACAGCUCCAAUAAGGGAGGAGGUCAAGGGGAAAGAGACAGCAAGAGGCGGCGUCAGUCGCAUUCACACUCAAGAUCACAUUCCCGUUCCCGUUCUCUGUCACGUUCCCGCUCAGCCAGGAGGAGCCACCGCUCUCGGUCCAGACACCGGCACCGAAGGUCUAGGACACGCUUCAGAUCCAGAUCACAGCAUCGCAGGACCCGCUCCAGGUCACGAUCAGGCCGGAGGUCUAGGAGAACCUGCUCUAAGUCUCCCAGGUCCAGCAAAGACACUGCUGCUGCUGCGCCUCCUCCUCCUCCUAAUCUCAUCUCCUCCACAGCUCACCCCCUUGGCCCUCCAUCUGACUCCUCUACUCCUCCUACUGCAUCUAUAGGAGGAUGGAAACCACUUCCUUUACUAGAGGACAUUGGUUCCUCGAGGUCCUCAGAGAGGAAGGAUGAAUCUUUGGCUUUGGAUGAAUCCACACGGUGCAGCCAAACUGCUUCAGCAGGCCUCCAGCCUCCCCAGCUGGCCUCCAGCUACAGGGGCCACAACAUCGGAGCAGAGGAACUAAUAGAGGCAAGCACAGAGCUGCAAAAAGCUGAACAAAGUGACAAGUCAGGAGAGGAGAAAAAAGAAGAAGCAGAGGAUGCAACAGAGAAACCAGCUGCAGGUCCUGCUGCAUCCCAUUCCUCCCUGACACAGUCCAGACCUCUAGAGGCAGAUCAGGCUACUGAGACCACUAGAGCCUUAGAGAACCCCAACACCACCUCUGUCACCACAGGCAAAUCACUAAAAAAGAAGAGGAGGACCCCAUCCAAGUCUCCACAGAAGAAGAAAGAAACCAAGUCCUCGUCAAAGAGGAGGAAGAGAUCCAAGUCAGCAUCCAGGAGCCACAGGAGGAGGUCCAGAUCCAAGAGCCCUUCAUGGAGGAAGAGGUCAAGGUCGAGGUCAAGGUCAAGGUCAAGGUCAAUGGGUCGGAGGUCGCGAAGGUCACAGUCUCGCUCGGGCUCACGGGGUCGGCGUAGAGCUACAUACAGCCAGAGGGACCGUUGGAAACGAGAGCCGAGUCACUCCCCUGUGCUCAUCCUUCGCAAAAAUAGAUCCCCCAACCGGAAACAUCGCAGUGCCAGCAGCAGCCCACCACGCAUCACUGAACUGGACAAGGACCAGCUACUGGAAAUUGCCAAGGCCAAUGCUGCUGCCAUGUGUGCGAAGGCAGGCAUGCCUAUUCCUGCCAGUCUGAGGCCCACGGUGCUGCCCCAGCUGCCCUUGGCCUUGCCCAGUAUGGCCAUGAAUGCAGCUAUGGCCAGUAUGACUGCUGCAACCAUGACAGCAGCUCUGUCUAGUAUGGGUGCUCUGGCUUCACUACCUCCGCUGCCUUCCAUCACCAACAAACCUCCGCCUGGUCCGCCCCAACCCAACAUGGCUGCCCUGGAGGAAGUGAAGAAGAAAGUGGCAAAGCAGGCCAACAGCAUCAGCAUCAAGGAAUUUACUGACAAAUGCAAGAUGAUUGUGGACAGUAAAGGGGAACUGCCGGUGGCAGUGCCUCAUGUUUCAGAUGAAGAGGAUGAUGGGAAACCAUUUGGAACAUCUGCUCUUCGAGAACAAAAAGCCAUCAGCUUCAGCAUCAAUAACAUGUCAGUUCGUCCAGCAGUUCGUAGUGAUGCAGGCAUGGCUAAGGAGUUUCCGGUAUCUUCAGGAUCUCAACAUCGUAAGAAGGAGGGUGAAGCUCCAGGUGCCUAUGGUGAAUGGGUUCCCGUUGACAAAGCAGCAGACAAAAUCAAUGCUGCAGCUACCUCCAGCAAGGCCCCAACACCUGUUCCCAUGGCAACAACCACCUCUUUACACACCGAAGCGGCUCCAGCGACAGGGUUGCCUGCAGUUACUGAAGAGCCUAUAGUAAUGCCAGCUAAGGACAGUGUUUUUCCUGACCCGCCUCUCCAGCCUGUAGAUAUCUCCCAGGCUGUGACUGAGAGGAUCAAAGCUCAGAGGCGAUUGGCUGAGAAUCCCUAUGAUGUCAGUGCUAUCUGCAUGCUGAGCCGUGCACAAGAACAGGUGGAUGCGUGGGCUCAGUCCAACACCAUCCCUGGUCUGUUUACUGGUUCAACUGGAGCCCAGGUCCUCAGCUCUGAGGAGCUGUCCACCAGCGGCCCGCAAGCAUGGCUCAAGAAGGACCAGUUCCUCAGGGCAGCUCCAGUAUCAGGAGGUGUUGGGGAGUUCCUGAUGAGGAAGAUGGGCUGGAAGACAGGGGAAGGGCUGGGAAGGAAUCGAGAGGGCACCGUUGAGCCAAUCAUCAUUGACUUCAAAAUAGAUCGCAAAGGACUAGUUGCUGAAGGAGAGAAGCCUCAAAAGCAGACAGGAGGGCUGGUGGUGACCAAGGAUCUAAUGGGGAAGCACCCGGUGUCUGCUCUCAUUGAGCUAUGUAAUAAGAGGAGGAUGAUGCAGCCAGACUUUGUCAUGGUCCACCACAGUGGUCCCGACCACCGCAAGAACUUCCUCUUCAAGGUGACUGUGAAUGGUGUUGACUACCAGCCCCAGACAGCCAGCCCCAACAAGAAACAUGCCAAAGCCAUGGCUGCUACAGUGGCCCUGCAGGCCCUGGGAGAGGUCCCUGUGGAUGGACCAGGACUCUACACCGGCCCUGUCUUCACUGCUGCUUCCACUGGCCCACUGUUCUCUACCUAGACGCGCACACGAACACACUGAUUGACAAACUGACCUCCGCUCCACAGACAGAUGAUUUAGUUGAACUAUUUCAUUUGAUCAUUUAUUUGUUGGACAGGCAAGGUUUCUUUGUCCUUGUAAAUGCCAGUGCCAUAAUAAUUAUUUCUACUCUGUCUAAUACUAAAAGAGAAUGACACAAAUGGUGAAGUUAUCCUAUAACACAACAUAGUGGUCAGACUGGCUUUUGACCAGUACUGAGAUUUUUCUCCAAGCAAUGAGCAGCUCAUAUUUUGUACCAAUAUACAGUAUAUGUAAAUGUGAACCCCCCCCUCCCAACAAGAACACACACACACACACACACACACACACAAAAUUACAAGUUUUCAAUAUUUAUCUUUAAACUUUACUCUUGUCCAAAUGGAAACUAGAUCAUGUUUUCUAGACUGUUGAUAUGGUCAGGGAGGAAGCCACAUGACACAAAUGGCUGAUACUUGACCUUUAACAAAAUCACAAUAUUCCUCUGACAUAUUGAUCCAGUAAUCAAAUCUAUCCAGGCACUUCUCUCGAGGGGAUUUGGUUUACUGGUGUCAUUCAGGAGGCAAAGCCAACACUCUAUUAUGUAAACAUUCAGUCAAGCCAAGAUGGUACAUGCCCCUUUCCAAGGCUACAGUCUGUUACUGGCUGAGGACUGCGUCUGUUUUUUCAAUUGUUAUUAGAUAAUUCUAAUUGUAAGGUGUCAUAUGUUGUUGAUCUGCAACUUUUCUGUUUGUCUUGAUGCUGCUCUCCUGACCAGGUCUCCUUUAAACAAGAUAUUUUUUAAUCUUUGGGACUAACCUGGUUAAGUAAGAUGUAAAUAAAAAUAAAAUUUAUGUUUAUUUUA